AUGAAGCAGGCCGGCGGGGUGAGGGGGAUUCAUUUCUCAAGCCCUGAUACCGCACUGAGCUUUCCCUCCUCCCAGAUACUGGUGAACUGUGACCUCUUCCCCAAGGAAUUCUCCAUUGUUCUGACAUUAAAAGUCUCCGACGGUGCACCCAAGGGGAAUGAAUAUGUGUUUUCUCUGAUGGGGCCGAAAGGACGACCAGUGGAUCAGAACAAAGAGGAGAACGAUGGAGGCAGCAGCUUGAAAAGCAAUAAAGAGUCAAGUAUCACCGGAGAAGAGCAACACAGUCAGAAGACGAGAGUCAAAAGUGAUGGGCGCCUCAUUCUUGGACUUAAAUUCUCGGGAAAGCGUCUGCACUUCCUUUAUAAAGGUCACAGAGGGGUUGUAGAGCACUGGGUGUUUCGAGGCACCCAGCUGGCUGACAGCCAGUGGCACACUCUUGUUUUAGCCAUUGGUAGUCAUCACGUGAAGCUCACAGUGGAUUGCAGCUCACCAGUGGAAAUCAUUCCCUCCAGGCCUUUCCCUUCAGACCUCAACAUUCAGGGAUCCAGAUUCCACAUUGGUAGUCGGGGGCUGUGGAAGGGCUUGUUUUCAGGUCUACUGCGACAGCUGGUUUUGGUGCCAGGUUCAGAUGCUACCCAUCAGAUCUGCCCCUCUUCUGACCCCCAGCUAGCAGCUCUGUCAGUACCACCACUGUUUUUAGACCUGCCAGCCACAGGAACAGAAGAUGAUAGACAUGGGAAUACCUAUGAAACUGAAGCUAGAGUGUCUGUGGGCUUGGAGAAGUCAUGCUCGGAGCAGCUACAGGGCCAGCUGUGGUUUAAUCCCCUCAAAAAGGGCCUCUACCUCUGUGACGGUACAGUUUGGAACACUGUGUUAGAAGAUCGCAAAAGACUGGACUAUGUGCUGGAACAUCAGGUGCUCACCACCAGCUCAGAGACCCACGACAUAGAGCUGUUCCAGGUACCUGGUAUGGGUCUGAUGGCUGCUAUGGCUCAUCGGUCGGCAUCUGGCUCUGCUGUGUAUCUCUGGACUAAAACAGGUUUCCAACUCUAUCAGAAUAUCAGCACCAACGGAGCCCUGGCUUGGAGGCACUUCAGCAUGGGCAAUAAGAUAUAUCUGGUGGUGUCUAAUUCUGGGGGAGACAGGCGAUUUAACAAAGACUCACAGGCGGACUUUUCUGUGAUUUACAAGUGGAGCAAAAGGAGAAAAAGAUUUGUGCAGUUCCAGACUCUGCAGACGCACUGUGCCCGAGACUGGGAGGCAUUUAAUAUAGAUGGACAUACAUAUCUUGCUGUCGCUAAUCAUAGACAAGGUGACAAGAAUCACACUAUAGACAGUGUGAUAUACAGGUGGAACAGAUUAUCAAAGUCUUUUGAGGUCCACCAGAUGCUCCAGACUUCAGGGGCGUACGACUGGGAGUUCUUCACUGUCGGACCUUACUAUUUCCUGGUGGUCGCCAAUGCUUUUGAUGGCGUGACCACUUCUUUAGACUCCGUCAUCUACAUUUGGGUGAAUGGAAACUUCCAGGUGUUCCAGAAAAUUAAGACGUUCUGUGCCACAGACUGGGAAAUGUUCCAGAUUGACAGCAGAGUUUUUUUGGUUGUUGCCAAUGGACACAGACUCCAUGGUAAUGGACCGAGUCAGUACACCAUUAACUCCACUAUCUAUGAACUGGACAUGAGUGCACAGCUGUUUGUCCGCUUCCAGGACAUUGUCACCUACAGUGCAGUGGAUUGGGAGUUCUUCAGCCUUGGGCAGGAAUAUUUUCUGGUUGUUGCUAACUCCUUCAAUGGAGAAUCCUACUCUCUCAACAGCAUUCUCUACAGGUGGCAGGGAUAUGAAGGAUUCGUUCCUGUUCAUUGGCUGCCAACGAUCGGGUGCAGUGACUGGGAAUUUUUCAGCGCUAAAGGAGAAUCAUAUUUAAUCUACUCCAGUGCCAAGGCACCGCUCUCCAAAGUGUUCAUGCUGAAAACCUACUAG